GGAAAAGAAGAAGAUGGACAUUAGCCAAAGAACAGAGAAGCGAGCAUGGCCGGGAGCGUCAGUAACACCGUCCCUGCGAUAGCUAGUUCUUUGUCACAACUACAGGCUUUAAACGGAUUGUUUGCGAUAUAUAAAAAACAAGGGCCGACCUCCGCGGACGUGUUGAAUGUGCUCAAGGAAGCUUUGCUCAAGGAGGCGGGAGUCAAAAAUCCAAACCCGCGGAAGAGGAAGAAUCAGAGCCUGAAGAUGGGACACGGAGGGACGCUGGACAGCGCUGCCAGCGGGGUGCUGGUUGUUGGUGUUGGGAACGGCACCAAAAUGCUCAGCACAAUGUUGACUGGGUCAAAGAAAUACGUUGCCGUUGGAGAGUUUGGAAAAGCAACAGACACUCUUGAUGCCACCGGCAGCGUGACUCUGGAGAAAGGUUUUGAACACAUAACCAGGCUGGACGUGGAGGAAAAGCUGAAAGCUUUCACUGGUGACAUCAUGCAAGUGCCUCCGCUAUACUCGGCAUUAAAAAAGGAUGGCCAGCGUCUGUCUGUCCUGCUGAAGAAAGGUCACAAGGUCGAUGCCAAACCGGCCCGGCCGGUCACGGUGUACAACCUGACCCUGCAGGAGUUCCAGCCUCCUCUCUUCACUCUGGAUAUUGAGUGUGGUGGUGGGUUCUACGUCAGAAGUUUGGUGGAUGACCUGGGAAAAGCUCUGUCCUCUUGCGCUCAUGUGAAGGAGCUGACCAGGACAAAGCAGGGCCCGUUCACGCUGGAGGAGCACGCCUUACACGAGGAGCAGUGGACGCUGGAACACGUCCUGCGCUCGCUGAAGACCUGCUCAGAGGGAGAGCAGCAGGAGGAGCAUCUGAAGCCAAAGAAGGUAGUCACCUGACCGGGACCAGGAUCCAGAGGGGAGAGGAAGGGUUUCCUUUCAUGUAAAGACUGGUUUUUGGUUCAUACUCUUCAGUUUUAGUUACAUGUGUGGUUCAAGGUUUGAACAUCAUGACAUUAAAAGUUGUAAAGCAAACAGUUAGAAUGAGAAACGUGAGCAGACUCAGCAGGUGUUGCUUGACCUGCACACAUUUGUGAAGAGUAAAUAACCUGAUCGUACGAUCGGCGAGGAGCUCCGAGGGAACGGCGAGAUCAGUGUGAUCAGAGUUUUUGUUGUAAGUUUAGGAUCUGAUUUGUUUUCUAGGUGCCUGCACUCAGUUCACUGAUGUAAAAAUGUCUUUUACAAAGUCUUCCUGCUCCGUGCAGUGAUGCACAUGCUUCAGUAAAACAGCCUCUGAGCUCCUCUAA